UACAUGACUUAGGCUCCAAUUUCCCUUGCAAGGGCUAUCACAAGAACACCCCCUGGCGCGCAACCGCGGAAUACAAGGCUGGCGAGUCAUAUAACAUGACGGUGGCCGGCGCUGCCACACACAGCGGAGGAUCCUGCCAGCUGUCUCUGAGUUACGACAAAGGAAAAACCUUCAAAGUCAUCAAGUCCAUGGUGGGUGGAUGCCCGCUUGAUUUCAAGUAUGACUUUACGAUGCCGAGCGAUGUGGUCAACGGCGAUGCUCUGUUUGCUUGGUCCUGGUUUAACCUGGUGGGCAAUCGUGAGAUGUACAUGAAUUGUGCGAAUGUUGAGAUCAGCGGGGGAAGCGGCAGCAAGGAAUCGUUUGGAAACGAUUAUCCGGAUAUGUUCGUGGCCAAUGUUGGAAAUGGCUGUUCUACGGUAGAAGGGAAGCACACAGUGUUUGCCCAUCCGGGAAAGCAGGUUACCUAUGCGGGUGGUCUUGAUGCGUCCUCGCCUCCAUUCCCCAAAUGCUCUUGAAAUCACAACCAAUGGAUGUUACACAUUUUUGUACGUGAUACACAUUGUGAGUAUCAGCAAGGUGGGACCAUACUGGACUAUGGCUAUGAAGUGAAAUAAGGACCAGUUGAUCUGAACAUACAUGGUACAACCAUGUUCACAUCAACUCCGAUUUUCGUAUUGCUACACAUCGGAGUGGAGUAGUAGUAGUAUAUUAUUGAGAGCCUGUAGAUCCCGUGA